UGUGGUGCUGUAGGUUAAGAAAAGGAGAUGCUGUUAUCUCUGAUUUUUGUCUAAUACGAUUCUGAACACAGUCUGCUUCCCCAUUUGAAGCACUCCUAUGAAAAUGUUGCUGAUUCCUCCCAUCAAUGACAGACAGGAGCUGCAAACAUCAGUGAGUCAGCCAAAAUGAUUACUUGGCAUCAUGUCGACCACUAUUUCCCAACCUACAAGUGUAUCAUGCAUUUGGUGCGCUAGGGAGCCGCCUUGGGCGUGUCAUUUUCCAAGGUUUCCUCAUUUCCACCAGCUUCCUGUUUGUCACUUCUCUAGCUUCUAACUGUCACUGCAGCCAAGGCUUCAGCCAAAGCUUCAGACUGAUGUCAAAAGCAAAAGUUCGGAAGUCCUCUGGGCAGGUGACGCUCACCUAACGAGGCAUGCCUAUGAUGUGGCUAUUUUUAACAACGGCUUGUUUGAUACCUGGAACCUUAAGCGCUGGUGGAUUCUUGGAUUUUGAAAAUAAAGUAAAUCCUGAAGUGUGGAUGAAUGCUAGUGAAAUAAUCAUGUACAACGGCUACCCCAGUGAAGAGUAUGACGUCACCACCGCAGAUGGGUACAUUCUCGCCAUCAACAGAAUUCCCCAUGGGAGAGCACAGACUGGGCAGACAGGACCCCGGCCUGUUGUAUAUAUGCAACAUGCCUUGUUUGCAGACAAUGCCUACUGGCUUGAGAAUUUUGCCAAUGGAAGCCUAGGGUUCAUACUAGCAGAUGCAGGUUAUGAUGUGUGGAUGGGAAACAGUCGAGGAAACACUUGGUCAAGAAGACACAAAACUCUCUCAGCAAAUGAAGAGAAAUUCUGGGCUUUUAGCUUCAAUGAAAUGGCCAAAUAUGACCUCCCAGGGAUAAUAGAUUUCAUUGUGAAUAAAACAGGUCAGGAGAAGUUGUACUUCAUUGGACAUUCACUCGGCACUACAAUAGGAUUUGUAGCCUUUUCCACCAUGCCUGAACUGGCGCAAAGAAUCAAAAUGAAUUUUGCCUUGGGUCCUGUGAUCUCAUUCAAAUAUCCUACAAGCGUUUUUACCAAUUUGUUUCUACUUCCAAAAUCCAUAAUCAAGCUUGUGUUUGGCACCAAAGGUGUCCUUUUAGAAGAUAAGAAUGCAAGGAUGUCAUUUAUCACAUUCUGCAACCAAAAGCUACUCCAACCAUUGUGUAGUGAAUUUAUGUCCUUGUGGGCUGGAUUCAACAAAAAAAAUAUGAAUAUGAGUCGACUGGAUGUGUACAUGGCCCACGCUCCCACAGGAUCAUCAAUUCAGAACAUGCUGCACAUAAAGCAGCUUUACCGAUCUGAUGAAUUCAGAGCUUAUGACUGGGGAAGUGAAGCUGAAAAUAUGAAUCACUACAACCAGAGUUACCCUCCCUUGUAUGACCUGACGGCCAUGAAGGUACCCACUGCCAUUUGGGCUGGUGGACACGAUGUGCUCGUAACUCCUCAAGAUGUAGCCAGGAUACUUCCCCAAAUUACAAAUCUACGCUACUUCAAGCAAUUUCCAGAUUGGAACCAUUUUGAUUUUGUCUGGGGCCUUGAUGCCCCUCAAAGACUGUACAGUAAAAUCAUAAGUUUGAUGAAAGAAUACUUCUAAAUACAGUCCAUCAAUUUUUCAGUCAAACUUUGCUUCCAGGCCCAUGAGAGGCUUUAGGAAAACCCCUGGAAAAUGGUAAGCUUUCCUCCAGCAUUCACUCGCUGUUGCUGAAGUGGUACUGGGACUUGGUGCUCCACCCAGAAGAGAUUUGACUUGUACUGCACUUUUCUUAAAGGAAAGUCUAAAUCUGACAGGUCAGGGUGUUAUCCUCCUGAUGAGGAUCAGAAGCAGGCCUUCUUUCCAACCCAAGAUGACCUAAUGAAGAUUUCUCCACCCACUGCAUAAUUGAGAAAAUUGUUAAGAAAGGACUCUCUCAAAAGCUGAGGAUGUAGCUCUGGUAGGUAGCAUGUGUGAAGCCAUGGAUUUGAACUUAAUAUAUACACUCUCUUGUUUUUUAAAGAAGUGACUAUAAGCUCGGGAAUGUAGCCUAAAGAGAAAGGCUCUGGCAAGGCAGUCAUGUGGAUACACAUUGUGUGACUGUGACUACCUGAAUUCACAAUUUGGCCAUAGGUAUUAGAAAUAAGGCACAAAAGAAAUCUUAGCUCCCAUCAACAAGCAUAAAAGAAAGUAAUAUGAAAUACAAUCAAAAUUUAAGUUUUCCAGAAACUUAUACUACUACAAACUGGCAAGGGGAUAGAAAAAAUUUGGGAAAAUGAACUGAAAAUAAAUUGUCUAUUACUAAAAUUGUCUACUAUAGGACAAAGAUUAGCACAAAGAUAAGUUAAGAAGCCUAACUGAUAGCAGAGUAUUAGAGCCAGCUGUGAGAAAACAAGAGUCUUAGGUAUAAUGUUUGUAUUGAUGUGAUAUUUAAAGCUUAGAACUAGAAAAUAAAGUGUAGAGAAAAAAGAAAGAGGAAGGAAGGAAGGAAGGAAGAAAGAAAGAAAGAAAGAAAGAAAGAAAGAAAGAAAGAAAGAAAGAAAGAAAGAAAGAAAGAAAGAAAAGAAAAGAAAAGAAAGAAAGGAAAGAAGGAAAGGAAAGAAAGAAGGAAGCUAGCUAGCUAGCUGUUUGGGCUGAGUCAGUGAUGGUUCCAUGGAUAAAAGCAUUUGUUGUACAAGCGUGUCAACUUGAAUUCAAAUAAAAGUCUGAAUGUGCCUGUA